GGCGGCGCGCAGGGACAGUCGGGAGCGGGGCGGACGCUCGCGUCCCUCCUUACCCCCCAUCCUCCGCCCAGCAGCGCGCUGGGGCUCCGGAGCCGACAUGGGCGCCGCCGCGUGGGCACUGCUGCCCCUGCCACUGCGUAUGUCCCUCCUGCUGCUGCUUCUGUCGCUCCCGGGACUGCCCGCGGGCUCCUGGGACCCGGCUGGUUACCUGCUCUACUGUCCCUGCAUGGGGCGCUUUGGGAACCAGGCUGAUCACUUCUUGGGCUCCCUGGCAUUUGCAAAGCUGCUAAACCGCACCUUGGCUGUUCCUCCUUGGAUCGAGUACCAGCAUCACAAGCCUCCCUUCACCAAUCUCCAUGUGUCCUACCAGAAAUACUUCAAGCUGGAGCCCCUCCAGGCCUACCAUCGGGUCAUCAGCCUAGAGGACUUCAUGGAGAAGUUGGCACCUACCCACUGGCCCCCUGAGAAGCGGGUAGCAUACUGCUUUGAGGUGGCGGCCCAGCGAAGCCCUGAUAAGAAGACGUGCCCCAUGAAGGAAGGAAACCCCUUUGGCCCAUUCUGGGAUCAGUUUCGUGUGAGUUUCAAUAAGUCGGAGCUUUUUACAGGCAUUUCCUUCAGUGCUUCCUACAAAGAACAAUGGAUCCAGAGGCGUGAGAAUCACUCCCCUGCUACCUUCCUCUUCACAAGGUGAAAACUGGAACCAGCUUCUAGAGAGGAACAGCUUCAGGUGCAGAUUGAGAAAUGAUGUCAUCCUCAUAAUUAUUGGAUGUGCUUUAUUAAUUGCACUCCUGUAGGCCCUGUUAAAAAAAAAAAUAGGUCACCAGGGCAUGGGCACAGGCUGUGAAAUAUUUAUAGAGCGUCUGUCAUGUGUGAGACAUGGUACUCAGAGGCCAAAGGUGAUCUGUGAAAAUGAGGAAGACCUGGCCUCAGUCUUCAGGGACCUAUGGUCUAGUUAUAGUGACAAUAACUAACAUAGCAUACUUACCCUCGAUGCUAUAGCAUGACAGGAAAGAUCAUGGGCUGAGAAGUCAGACUUGGGUUCGGAAGUAUGAGGAACAUGAAUUCAUGUGUGGUCAUAGCACUUGGCAUUUAGGAGGCCAAAGGUAGACUGAUAAAGAGAAACCAGCACAGAUUCAGAAGUAAGACAUCCCCAAGCCCUGGCCCAGCUCUGGCUUGCUCUUAGGUGCCUCUGAGCAUGCUCUCAGGCCAAGCAUCUUCCUUGGUUUGAUGGAAAGAGCACUCCUACUGCACAAAGCGCAUGCACAUAGUAAGCAGCCAGCCAAUGUUAGCUGUCACUAUUAUUAUCCACAUGGCUACAUUUUAUUUAAGGCUUUGAGAAAUUUUAUGAAAUGGAUGUUAUUGUCAAUUCCUAUUUUACAGGUGAAGAAACUGAGUUCAGUGAAGUUAAAUAACUUGCCCAAGGUCAUAGAGCUGUUGAGUGGGCAGCUGAGACCUGUAUAUGAAUCUUUAACAAAUAAUAAGAGCUAAUAUAUAUUUAGUGGGUACUAUGUGCCAGAUACUCUUCUACAUUGUCCCAGGUAUUAACUCAUUUAAUUGUUCCACAAAUCUGUAGGAUAGAUGUAAUUGUCAUCUUUGCUUUACGCAUAGAGAAAUUGGAGCAGAGAGCAGUGAAGUCACUUGCCCAAGGUCAUGAAGCUUGAAGUAGCAGAGGUGGAAUUUGAACCCAGGCAUUCUGACUCCAAAGCACCCAUUCUUAAUCAUCAUGGAUUAAAUAGCUGUGCCUUUAAUAGCUAGUUCCUAGUCCUUUCUGGGACUUGUCUUGAGAGCUAGUUUAUCAGUUACUGAGGAUACUCAGUCAUGGAGGUUCAAAUCUCCUUCAUUGUUGAUCCCAGUUAGGCCAUGCCCAUUUCUCCACCUGCUUGGUUCUCCCCAUUCACCUCCAAAUGACAUGGAGCUACUGCCAGAAGGCAGAGCUGCCCUCAAAGGAUGAAGAUUUGCCCCUAUUGACAAUAUGUCAGGAAAAAAGAAAAAAUGCCUCUAACUCUAAAAGUAGCUCCAAAAGCAAAUUUCAAAAAGCCAGAAAAAGCACACAAUCCUUAUAGGAAGGCAAGGGACAACGCCACAUGGAUGCUUCAGUUGGGGAAUAUUGCUGAAACAUUUGUUCAUUGCUUCAUAGCCUUGUUUGAGUUCACUGAGUUGUAAGAAUUGCAUAGGCUUUGAGGAAGCUUGUGCUUUACAGCUGAACUUUUGGGAGAGGAAAACUAGUAGGGAAGAGGAGGUCCCUGGAGGGAACUUGAGGGAGUUAGGGGCCCCUGGGCACCAGCCUACCUUCCUUUAUAUAUUUAAGAAGCACUUCCUGAGUGUCAAGGACUGGUCUGGAUGCUGAGGAUACAGGCAAAAAUAAGAGUUGAGCACAGUGGCUCAUACCUAUAAUCCUAGCACUCUGGGAGGCUGAGACAGGAGGAUUGCUUGAGGUCA